CAAUUAGAACUAAUCACACCCUUUCAGCUGUAUUUCAACCCUGAAUUAAUAUUUAAACACUUUCAAGUAUGGAGGCUAAUCACAAACUACUUAUUCUUCGGACCAGUUGGCUUUAAUUUUUUAUUUAACAUGAUCUUUUUAUAUCGUUACUGCCGAAUGCUUGAAGAAGGCUCUUUUCGAGGUCGGACGGCAGAUUUUGUAUUUAUGUUCCUUUUUGGUGGACUGUUAAUGACUCUUUUUGGCCUGUUUGUGAACUUGGUUUUCUUGGGUCAGGCAUUCACAAUAAUGCUCGUGUAUGUAUGGAGCCGCAGGAAUCCCUAUGUCCGUAUGAACUUUUUUGGUCUUCUCAUCUUUCAAGCCCCAUUUCUACCCUGGGUAUUGAUGGGCUUUUCGCUGCUUUUGGGGAACUCCAUCAUUGUGGAUCUCCUGGGCAUUGCCGUUGGACAUAUAUAUUUUUUCUUAGAGGAUGUCUUUCCCAAUCAGCCUGGUGGUGGAAGGCUUCUGCGAACACCAUCUGUCCUGAAAGCAAUAUUUGAUACUCCGGAAGAUGAUCCUAAUUACAAUCCCUUGCCAGAAGAACGACCAGGAGGAUUUGCAUGGGGAGAAGGUCAGCGCCUUGGAAUCUAAUAAGUGUCUGUGCCAAAACCCAGCGACAACUGGGAGAGACUGACCUGAAUGAAGUUCAUACUGGGGACUCUCUCAUUCCCCAUCGCAGAAAGGACACUUUUUGACAGCUCUAUGGUUUUGAAUACAAGCACUUUAUGAAAUGGCAGUCUAAUCCAAGACACUUACAGGCUACCAGUGUCUUUCCCAGUCAGGGAAUUUAUUGUGCUGGUAAUGAAAAUACUAAUCCAGUGGAGCCAAAAACCUAAAACUGGAAACCAUUUCCUGUCAACUUCAGUUAACAAGACCACAAGUACUUGUUUAAAGUGAUUUCUAAAGCAUUUUUUUCAAGUUAUUUGAUACAGGAAACUAUAUGGAAAACUUUACAGGGGACAAAACCCAACUUUUUUGGUUUUAACUCAUUUUUUAUUCUUGGAUAAAACAGCUACAAGAUGGUUGAAAGUGUAAGUCCCUAUUCCAAUGGCAAAAGGUUUUUUAAUCUGAGAUGCUGUUGUCUCCAGUCUUGUUUGAACUG